AUGAUUCAUUCGGAGCGUAUGAUUCGACUGCAGGAUUACGUUACAAAGUGUGUUUUGAAAAACAGUUUAAACUUGCAUUUACCAUUAGUAUUCCAACCAGUUUAUGAACCCCACCAUAUCUCUGAAGCACUUUGCACGUUUGUAACUGGACUCGACUCUGAGCAGUUGUAUCAGUCGCGUGCUUAUGUAGAUCUAGCCAUCUCUACUCAUCCAGAAUUGGGAGGAUGUUCCAGAAAUGAUCGAUGGGCUCAAAUACUUUCUCUUUGUACCAAAAAUCAUGGUGGCUUGACUAUGCAUGAUAAGAUGUUGCGUACAACUGCUGUUGCAAGACUCACAACCCAGCGCAUGGCUUGCAGAGCCAUGUCAAACGUCACAAAAUUAGUGGUUCCGCAGUCUUCCAAUCGGGACACUACUUGGAGUAGCAGUCAAAAGGCUAAACAGGAUGCCAUUAAUGCUGCUAGAUUUGAACAAACCAACUGGGACUUGCAGCCGAAUCCACCCUCAGCUCAGGCGUUCAUUCAGGCAGUUCCUAUUACCUGGGUCGAAGCUCGUCGUACAUCCUGUGAUGGAGGUGGUGGUGCUCUUGGACAUCCCAAAGUAUUCAUCAACUUGGACAAGGAUCAACCCAUGGCAUGCGGUAUGUAA